AUGCCGCGGACAACCGAUGGCAAAAAGCAGCCUCCCACGGCCGCCGUCAACCUCAUCGCCGGAGGAGGCGCCGGUAUGAUGGAGGCGCUGGCCUGCCACCCCCUCGACACGAUCAAAGUACGCAUGCAGCUCUCUCGCCGCGCACGUCAACCCGGCGCCCCGAAACGAGGCUUCCUCAAGACAGGCUCCGAGAUCAUCAAGAAGGAGACGCCCCUCGGUCUAUACAAGGGUCUCGGUGCCGUUCUCACAGGCAUCGUGCCCAAGAUGGCCAUCCGCUUCACCUCCUUUGAGGCCUACAAGCAGUCCCUCGCGGACAAGAAGACAGGCAUCGUGUCCGGUCGGGCGACCUUCCUCGCGGGCUUGGCGGCCGGUGUCACAGAGGCCGUCGCCGUGGUGACACCCAUGGAGGUCAUCAAGAUCCGGCUGCAGGCGCAGCACCACUCCAUGGCCGACCCAUUGGACGUCCCCAAGUACCGCAAUGCCGCGCACGCGCUGUACACCGUCGUGCGCGAGGAAGGGCUCGGCGCGCUGUACCGCGGUGUCAGCCUGACGGCCCUGCGCCAGGGUUCGAACCAGGCCGUCAACUUUACCGCCUAUUCGUACUUCAAGGAUUGGCUCAAGGUGUGGCAGCCGCAAUACGAGGGCAAGAACCUGCCCAGCUGGCAGACCACCAUGAUCGGUCUGGUGAGCGGUGCCAUGGGCCCGCUGAGCAACGCGCCCAUUGAUACCAUCAAGACCAGGCUGCAAAAGGCACCGGCGGAGUUUGGAACGAGCGCGUGGACAAGGAUAACGAGGAUUGCCGCCGACAUGUUCAAACAAGAAGGAUUCCACGCCUUCUACAAGGGCAUCACACCGCGCAUCAUGCGUGUCGCGCCGGGUCAGGCUGUGACGUUUACCGUCUAUGAAUAUCUCAAGGACAAGCUGGAGAGGAGCAACCUCGCUUUUACCGGAGGCAAGUACGAGGAGUAG